AUGCUGCCACUAAGGUCUGCCAUCUUGCGACCAGGGCCCUCUCAAGAGGUGCUCCUGUGCUCACGAUGUCUGCUCCGGUCACGACCGCACCCGCUGUCCGCGACUCGGAGCUUCUGGUCGUCUUCGCAUCGCCGAAUGGGCAUUGCGGCUAACCCGGCCACCUCCGCCUUCCAUAAGACGUACUUCUCAGCCAAUCGUCUUUAUGAUGCUACGGGAUUGAAGGGAGGCUUCAUCUCUUCCUUUGCAUCUACGACAUCCGACAAUUCAUCGUCUCCUCGCCCCUCAAAUACCACAAAAGAUACAUCAGCCAAUACAGCCGAUCCGUCCGAACAAGGAUCGUCUGGGUCAAUUGGUGCAGACGCCCGCCAGAGUGAACUGCCACAUCGACGGAGGAAGCGUCUCAAGGAACAAGCGUCACAGAAUGGCUCAGCUGAGCAAGCCUUGCCGCUUGACGCUUCCGCGCAAUUGUCCAAUCUCUCGUCCUCUCUCCCCACGACCUCCAUCCGCCGCAAACUAGCCGCUUUCCUUGCUCUUACGAAACCCCGACUCUCCUUCCUAAUCGUCCUUACUACAACAUCCGCCUAUGGAAUGUACCCAAUCUCGUCGCUACUCGUCCUCGACCCGACCAUGACCCCACUCCCAACCCUCUCGACCUCUACUCUCACCUUCAUAUACUUGACAGCGGGGACAUUUCUAUCAUGCUGCAGUGCCAACACGAUAAACAUGAUGCUUGAACCCAAGUACGAUGCGCUGAUGUCGCGCACGCGGAAUCGCCCGCUGGUCCGGGGGCUCGUUUCACGCCGCGGGGCGGUGCUCUUUGCCAUUGGCACUGCAGUGGCUGGUCUCGGGCUAUUGUACGUUGGUACUAACCCCACGACAACGGCCCUUUCUGCGGCGAACAUCAUCCUCUAUGGAUUUGUCUAUACCCCGUUGAAGCGAAUCAGUGUCAUCAACACUUGGGUUGGUGCUGUGGUGGGCGGUAUUCCACCAUUGAUGGGAUGGGUUGCGGCUGCAGGACAGACGGCAACGACUGGCCAUGAUACUUGGCGCGACAUGCUUUUCAGCGAGGAUAGCGUUGGUGGAUGGUUGUUGGCUGGCAUUCUCUUUGCCUGGCAGUUCCCCCAUUUCAAUGCUCUCUCGCAUCUCAUCCGCGACGAGUACAAGGCCGCGGGGUACAGGAUGCUGUGCUGGGUGAAUCCGGCCCAGAAUUCCCGUGUUGCCCUGCGCUACUCCUUGCUGAUGUUCCCCAUCUCCAUUGGCCUCUGGUGGGUCGGCGUAGUUGGACACGGCUUCUUAGUUGGAAGUACCGUCGCCAACGGCUGGCUUGUCCGUGAGGCCUAUCGAUUCUGGCAACACCAAGGUGCCCAAGGCUCCGCCCGUGGCCUUUUCUGGGCUAGUAUUUGGCAACUUCCAAUUCUUCUUGUCGGCGGUCUAGUCACCAAGAAGGGUCUUUGGGAUGGCGUCUGGCGCAACAUCUUCGGACAGCCAGAGGAAGAUGAAGAUGAAUACCUAUAUUAUGAAGACGAAGAGGAAGCUGAGGAUGAUUCUGAUCUUGUUCAGGGAGAGAAGACAUCUCAUCCAUCAAAACGGGCUAGUGUGUUGUCAACCGCAUAA